UAUUUUAUCCCCUCCAGAGGUGUGCGAUGAUGAUUACUGUUCCAUCGGGUCGUUUUGCGUCGUGGUCGACUCUAACAGAGAAUGCAGAAUCGGUGAUUUAGCCGUCGAAAGCAACUGUGAAGUGGACCAAAGUACGACCGCGCAAAGAACAACAGUUCCUACACUGCCUAUGACGACAGAGCAAAGCACUUUGACGUCAAGCUUGGCAGGGACCACCGUGGCUAGUACAACAACGAAGCAAUCUAGCACAUUUGGAUCGUCUUCGGUCACACCUUCAACUGAAAUUGCUGCAAGCACACUUGUCAGCACAUCUACGGGUCAUUCAACUGGCCGACAGUCUACAGAACAAUCUUCAGCAAGCACACCGGUAGACCAAAGCACGACCGCGGAAAGAACCACAGUUCCGACACUGCCGGUAACAACUGAGCAAAGCACGUUGGCCUCAACCCUUGCAGAGACCACUUCGGCUACUACAACAGCGGAGAGGGCUAGCACAUUUCAAUCGUCUUCCGCCACGUCUACAACAGCCAGUGCUACAAGCACAAGCCACGACACGUCGGCAGGUCAUACUACCGUAUCGCAGACCACGGGGCAUCCGUCCACGGCCACAACAUACGGCAUGAAAACGACCACAAGCAGCCAAGGAACUUCAGUGCCAACGACAACGCCUGAAGAAUCUACAUCGACAGAUCAAAGUAGCACUACACAAAGAACCACCUUUCGUACACUUCCGGCAACCACUGACCGAAGCACUGUGACAUCGACUCCUGGUGAGACGACAGUGGCUACUACAUCUGCAGAACAGACAAGCACGAUUGGAUUGUCCUCUGCAGCUUCUUCGACAGAACGUGCUGAAAGUACACUUUUCAGCACUUCUGCGGGAUUUUCAACUGCGCAGUCGACAGGAUAUUCUUCAACAGGCACCACCGUUGAACUAAGUUCCAUUACCAGCAGGUCAAGAACGUCCGUCCAUUCGACAACGUUUUCUGAAUCUACACCGGUGGACCAAAGUACGACCGCGCAAAGAACAACAGUUCCUACACUGCCUAUGACGACAGAACAAAGCACUUUGACGUCAACCUUGGCAGGGACCACCGUGGCUAGUACAACAACGAAGCAAGCUAGCACAUUUGGAUCGUCUUCGGUCACACCUUCAACUGAAAUUGCUGCAAGCACACUUGUCAGCACAUCUACGGGUCAUUCAACUGGCCGACAGUCUACAGAACAAUCUUCAGCAAGCACAACGGUAGUCCAAAGCACGACCGCGGAAAGAACCACAGUUCCGACACUGCCGGUAACAACUGAGCAAAGCACGUUGGCCUCAACCCUUGCAGAGACCACUUCGGCUACUACAACAACGGAGAGGGCUAGCACAUUUCAAUCGUCUUCCGCCACGUCUACAACAGCCAGUGCUACAAGCACAAGCCACGACACGUCGGCAGGUCAUACUACCGUAUCGCAGACCACGGGGCAUCCGUCCACGGCCACAACAUACGGCAUGAAAACGACCACAAGCAGCCAAGGAACUUCAGUGCCAACGACAACGCCUGAAGAAUCUACAUCGACAGAUCAAAGUAGCACUACACAAAGAACCACCUUUCGUACACUUCCGGCAACCACUGACCGAAGCACUGUGACAUCGACUCCUGGUGAGACGACAGUGGCUACUACAUCUGCAGAACAGACAAGCACGAUUGGAUUGUCCUCUGCAGCUUCUUCGACAGAACGUGCUGAAAGUACACUUUUCAGCACUUCUGCGGGAUUUUCAACUGCGCAGUCGACAGGAUAUUCUUCAACAGGCACCACCGUUGAACUAAGUUCCAUUACCAGCAGGUCAAGAACGUCCGUCCAUUCGACAACGUUUUCUGAAUCUACACCGGUGGACCAAAGUACGACCGCGCAAAGAACAACAGUUCCUACACUGCCUAUGACGACAGAACAAAGCACUUUGACGUCAACCUUGGCAGGGACCACCGUGGCUAGUACAACAACGAAGCAAGCUAGCACAUUUGGAUCGUCUUCGGUCACACCUUCAACUGAAAUUGCUGCAAGCACACUUGUCAGCACAUCUACGGGUCAUUCAACUGGCCGACAGUCUACAGAACAAUCUUCAGCAAGCACAACGGUAGUCCAAAGCACGACCGCGGAAAGAACCACAGUUCCGACACUGCCGGUAACAACUGAGCAAAGCACGUUGGCCUCAACCCUUGCAGAGACCACUUCGGCUACUACAACAACGGAGAGGGCUAGCACAUUUCAAUCGUCUUCCGCCACGUCUACAACAGCCAGUGCUACAAGCACAAGCCACGACACGUCGGCAGGUCAUACUACCGUAUCGCAGACCACGGGGCAUCCGUCCACGGCCACAACAUACGGCAUGAAAACGACCACAAGCAGCCAAGGAACUUCAGUGCCAACGACAACGCCUGAAGAAUCUACAUCGACAGAUCAAAGUAGCACUACACAAAGAACCACCUUUCGUACACUUCCGGCAACCACUGACCGAAGCACUGUGACAUCGACUCCUGGUGAGACGACAGUGGCUACUACAUCUGCAGAACAGACAAGCACGAUUGGAUUGUCCUCUGCAGCUUCUUCGACAGAACGUGCUGAAAGUACACUUUUCAGCACUUCUGCGGGAUUUUCAACUGCGCCGUCCACAGGAUAUUCUUCAACAGGCACCACCGUUGAACUAAGUUCCAUUACCAGCAGAGACCACGUCGGCAACUACAACAACGGAGAGGGCUAG